AUGGCUAGUCUUAUGCAUAAAUUAGUUGCUCCUCAGCAAGUUGCUUACAUUAAGGGUAGAAGCAUUCAUGAGAAAAUUCCGUUAGCCUCUGAAUUAGUUAAUGAGAUGAAAAAGAAAAGAAGAGGUAAUUUAAGUUUAAAACUUGAUAUAUCUCAAGCAUAUGAUUCAGUAAACUGGGAUUUCUUAUUUAAAGUUCUUCAAAAAUAUGGUUUUCUGUGGAUUGGUGGGACUCAAACAAUGGGAUCCACUAUCUCCAAUUUUGUUUGUUUUAAUGGAGGAAGUCUUAAGCAGAGGUUUAACAAAGUUGGUGGAAACAAACAAGUUACAGCCAAUGGUGACAAGAAAUGGGUUAAAAGCAAAUGUUUUAUAGAUGGAUGUUCUAAUGCUAGAAAAGCUCAGAUAGUUGAAUUGUUACAAAUGGAAUUAAGUUCUUUCCCAGAAAAAUAUUUGAGAGUUAUCAUUCAUCCAGGUAGAAUCAAGACUGCAACUUUAUGGCCCAUGGUUGAAAUGAUGCAAGAUUACUUGGAAAUUUGGAAAGAAAACUUUUGUCUUUUCAUGACAGACUGA